CUUGAAAGUUGGGAUUUCUAGCGGAGAUAUUGUAACCCAGAUAAUUGGUGGAGAUGACACAACAAUAGAGAUGUAUCCGUGGCAGGCUAUGUUACAAAAGCGAUCAUCGAUAAAGGAUUCAUGGGGACUUGCAUGUGGAGCUGUUUUCAUAUCCAAAAAAUGGCUGAUUACAGCAGCCCACUGCUUUAGAGGACGAGUGGGUAACAGACGGAUUGUCUAUGGAUUUACCAAACAGUCAGAUCCUGAUAAACAGAUUGGAGAAAUAAAACGUUUCAUAAAACAUCCAAAGUUUAAUCGAAAGUUCAAUCCAAAGACUGAUGUGUUUUUAGGCGAAAAUGACAUAGUGCUAAUUGAACUAAAGGCUCCAGUACUGUUUACAAAAACAAGCCAAUUGGUAGCUCUUUCGAGCAGCAAAACCAAUAUAGAUUUAGAUACUUGUAACAUUACAGGCUGGGGACUUACGAAGUCUGGUGACACAGCUGACACUUUACAAGUGGCAACAGUCUCAGUUCUUUCCAUAGAGGCCUGCAGACGAAAAUUUGAGAAUAUUAUUUCAAUUGCCAAUUCCCAAAUUUGUCUGUUUGACGAAAUAAAUUUCAAGACUUCGUGCCAAGGAGAUAGUGGAUCACCUUUAAAGGAGAUGUGA